GAGGACUGAAGUCAGUGCUCCUAGCAGACUGAAGGAUAGCAGCACCAAGGACAGCUCAGUGCUGGCAGCUGGGCAUGAACACAGAAGAGCCCUGAGUACACAAUGGCCCUGGAUAAGAUGAAAGAUCUGAGCCUAGAGUGCUCUGUGACACGCUCUGAAACAGAUGAAGUGGGUGGAGUUCUCCUUCCAAAAAAGUGUGACAGGUGGGAUCAAAUCUGGAACUUCAGAGCCAGACCUGAUGAUCUGCUCACUACAACCUAUGCAAAAGCAGGUGUGUGGGAACAGAGGGGAGUGGAAAUGGAUGAUGGAGACAUUGAGCAAUGUAAACAUGCCACCACUUAUCUGCAACACCCUUUCAUUGAGUGGGUUCUGCCUGGACCUUUCAGCUCUGAGACAAAUGGCUUGGAACUUGUUGAAGUGAUGUCCUCCCCACAAACAUUGAAAACUCAGCUCCCUGUACAACUGGUGCCUCCAACCUUCUGGGAGCAAAAGUGUAAGGUAAUGAGGGGAAGAUAAUCUGUGGCAAGAAAUGCAAAAGACAAUGUGGUGUCAUAUUACCAUUUUCACAGAAUGAAUAAAAAUAUGCCUGAGCCGGGAACCUGGGAAGAGUUUCUGGAGAAAUUCAUGGCUGGACAAGUGCUUUGGGGUUGCUGGUAUGAUCACAUAAAAGGAUGGUGGGAAGCAAAAGACCACUGUAUUCUCUACCUCUUCUAUGAAGACCUAAAAGGGGAUCCAAAGUGUGAAAUCCAAAAGGUGUUACAGUUCCUGGAGAAGGACUUGGAGAAUGAGGUUCUAGUUAAGAUCAUCCACCACACAACAUUUGAGAUAAUGAAGGACAACCCCAUGGCAAACUACACGUUUCAGCCUCCUGCAGUAAUGGACCACUCAAUCUCACCAUUCAUGAGAAAAGGGACUGUUGGAGACUGGAAGAACCACUUCACAAUGGCACAGAAUGAGAAAUUUGAUGAAGAUUAUAGGAAGAAGAUGGCUAGAACCUCUCUGACCUUCUGCUUGGAGCUCUGAGAAGGGGCCAUAGGGAUUAUUCUCUAUAAUCUACUGGCACUUUUUCCCUAUAAAAGCCUCACAAAAUACCUGUGCAUCUAAAAUUACAAUGCCCCAGUUUCCCACACCAUUAAUUUCACAGGCCUGAGCAUCCCCUUCCUCUGUGUAAACCUAAUUUUGAGACUAACAUCUUAGUUAAACUAGAGUCAAGCAGCAAUGUACUGAAGAGAAUUUGCAGAAGUCCCUCAAAUCCCCCCCCCCCCAUUAAAGAGGUGGCUGGGGUGAUUUCCCUGAUGGAAUUUAUCCCUUCAUCCCUAACUUUUAUUCUUAGUGUUCAUAAAAUUCUUCUGAAGAGCA